AUGUCUGAGGGGGAACUAAACGACCCAGAAGAGGUUUUUGGAGAACGAGGUCCAACAGUCACAUUCAGCAACUUGCACUACUGUGUUCAGGAGAGUCGGGGUGUCUGUUGUAAAAAAGGUCCCGAGAAAUAUAUCCUCAAAGAUGUAAGCGGAAUAAUAAGACCUGGUUUGAAUGCUAUCAUGGGCUCAACAGGAAGCGGAAAAACAUCGCUAUUGGAUGUGAUUGCAGGACGGAAGGACCCUGCAGGGAUGCGUCAAGGAAGGGUCUUAAUAGAUGGGAAAGCUGUCACGUCUGACCUCAGACUGAUGUCUGCCUAUGUGGUUCAGGACGAUAUCCUGAUGGGAACGCUGUCUGUGAAGGAGAACCUGCUCUUCAGCGCUAACCUGCGCCUCAGCCCUCAGCAGUUCACCUCUUCAGAUAAGCAGAGCAGAGUGGAAUCCAUCAUACAAGACCUUGGGUUAACAGACUGUGCAGACACGAAGAUAGGGACGGAUUUCCUGCGUGGUGUAUCUGGAGGAGAGAGGAAGAGGUGCAGUAUUGGGAUGGAGCUCAUUACCUCCCCCUCUUUGCUGUUCCUGGAUGAGCCAACAACUGGGCUGGAUUCUAACACUGCUAAUGCUAUCAUUAGUCUCCUGCGCAGGCUGUCCAGGGGGGGUAAGACAGUGAUAUUGUCCAUCCACCAGCCACGCUACUCCAUCUUCAAACAGUUUGACCAACUGAUGCUGAUGCACAAAGGCGAGGUAGUUUAUGCAGGGGCAGCAGCCGAGGCCUUGGAUUACUUCACAGUGCUAGGUUACCACAUUGAGCCCUUUGACAACCCUGCUGAUUUCUUCCUGGACAUUACAAAUGGAGAGGCAAAGUCAACAGCUCAAUCACGUUCUGCAGGUGCACACAAAAAACCGGGAGAUAAAAACCCACUGGCACUUAUGUACCGCCAGUCCGCCGUGUAUGGACAUGUGUACGAAGAGCUGAAACAUGUGAGCCAGGCAUUUGGAGACGGGGUCAAAGGUCAGGGAGAAAUGGCUGACUACGCCACCUCCUUCUUUUACCAGAUGCGUAUUGUGUGUGGCAGGACAGUGCUGAAUACUCUGAGGAACCCCCAGACCUCCUACGCCCAAAUGGCUGUCAACAUCUUCUUUGCUGUGCUGGUGGGGCUCAUCUAUUUCCAAAUGCCUUUAACCCUGCCUGAGGCUUUGCAAAACAGGACAGGGGCAUUCUUCUUCCUCAUCAUUAACAUGGUGUUCGGCAACCUCUCCGCCGUUGAGCUCUUCAUCAAUGAGAGGGCCAUUUUCAUUCACGAAAACUCUAGCGGGUACUAUCGUACCUCUGUCUACUUCCUGUCGAAGAUUUUUGCUGAUCUCAUUCCCAACCGCAUCAUCCCCAUUUUCGUCUUUUCGGCCAUCGCCUAUUACAUGAUGGGUCUGAAGCCUGCUUUUCUGGCCUUCCUGUGUUUUACCUUGACCAUGUGUAUGGUCAGCUUAGCUGGGGUCAGUCUGGCCUUUCUGGUCUCCGCUAGUGUCUCCUCUUUCGCCAUGGCCAACAUCCUCAUCGCUCUACCCUUUGUAUUCAUGAUGGUAUUUGGGGGGUUUCUGGUUAACCUCAAUUCAAUGCUGAGCUGGCUCUCGUGGCUGAAAUGGAUCAGUAUCUUCGGAUAUGGAAUGAAUGCUGUGUUCAUCAAUGAGAUGACGGGACAGUUUUUCUACAGCAACACCACCCCUAUCCCGGGGGAGGUGUUCUUGCGACACCAGGACCUAGACUACUCCUGCUGGGGGUUCUGGCAGAAUGAGGUUGCUCUGCUCGGGAUCAUUGUUGUCUGCAUGGUGCUGGCCUACGUGCAGCUACGACGAAUUAAUCGCUGGAAAUGACGUCUGUCUGCAUACAAAUCUGCCUGCAUGCCAUCCGAUAUGUGACACGCCUCGGAGCAGAUAGCGGGUUGUAAAUGUCGCUCUGAGCAAAAGAAGACGGCCAACGUUAUAGUUUGUUAACUGCUCCAUUGGAGAUCCCCUGUUUGUUGUGUUAAAUAUAAUUUAUUUUGUUGUUUAAGUUUGAUAGUUUUUGUUAAGAUCUUUGAAAAGCAGCAUCGCCCCCCCCCCAUCCUGUCCCUCCUCCUCCUCCUCCUCUUUAUCUUAUCACUC